GAGAGAGAGAGAGACAGAGAGGAGGAGAGAGAGAGAGACAGAACGAGAGGGCUUGGCAUGCCAAGCGCUCUCUCUUAGCUGCAUCUCUCAGCAAUACAUGUAGAAAAAAGAAGAUAACAUUUUAUCUUCUCUUUUGUGGCCUCUGUUUUACCUCAUUCCCCUUGAUCACCCCUAUCAUGAUUUUGUGUUCAUAUUGAAAAGAACAAAAAAAAAAAAAAUCCUUGCAUUCUUGGGUACAUCAUAUUUUGAGGAAAUGAGAAACGAGGAUCGAUCAAAUUCAGCUCCUGAAUUUGCCCCGAUUAUAUACGAACAGCAAUACGAUGAUUCUGGUUUAGAUGGGGCAGCAGCACCUAUAAAGCUGUUGCUAAAGCUAAUCCAAGAUCACAAAGAUGCCUGCGGCAAAGGGCAAAGCGACAGCAGGAGAAUGCUGAGGGUGGCCACGAUGAUGACAAUCUUGGACACUGUUCGGACAAGGAUCCAAAAAUGCCAAUCAUUUGGCAAUAAGACGAGCGAAUCCGCCCUGAGGCGGUGCAACACCGACCUCCGGCUGAGCCAGCCGCCCAAGGACAAGAAGGGCAGAGUCGAGGCGGUGGCGGAUGAGAAGGAGAAGCUGAGGAGGGAGCUGAGCGCGUGCACUGCAGCCAGGAAGCGGCUGGAGAUGAUGUGCUCGAGCUUGGGGAAGGAGAAGGAGAUCAUGGCCGCGGAGCUUUCCAGGAAGGCGCACGAGCUGUCCGAGAUGGAGGAGCUCAUGCACGGCCUCAAGGCGCAGAAUGAGAACUUGGUGAGGAAAGUGCAGGAAUGUGUAGGGGGGGAAUCGGAAGGGAGCAUGGAUUUGGAAGAGCAGAACAAGUUCCUCAGGGAGAUGCUCGUGAGGUCACACGAGGGGUACCAAUCGAUGAAGGAGAAGCUCGGCCAAGCACGGGAAGAGAACGUGGCAUUGUGUAACACCAUAGAUGAGAUGAGGGAGAAGAUUGAGUCGAGCUUGAGCAGAGUGCAGAGGUUGAAGGAACACGUGGUGGCCAGCAGUUCGUCGGUUGAUGCUGAUGAAGAUAUAGAGAGUUUGGAGAAUGUGUUUGAGCAUUUCCAGACAAUGGUUGCAAAGCAUGAUAAGAAGCAAGGAGUUUUCGAAGAAGAAGAAGAAACAAGUUAGGACAAGGAGAGGAUUGUGUGUGGAAUACUAUGAUGUUUCUCUUCAGUUCUCACAUGGUUUAUCUUUUGCUAUAAAUGGCAGUGUCAUUACGAUUUACGAAGAUGUAAACAGGUGGAAAAAGGUACCUUAGAGGAGAUUUCUUGAACGUAGCAUUCCCAACUAGAGAGAUAUAUGGCUAAGAACCUGUAACCAAUGUGAAUAUGUGAAUAUGAUACUGCAUUUUGGCAAGGAUGAUAUUUUUGUUUUA